UUCUGGUCCAGCUCACUGUUUAUACACGCAUCUCGUGUACAACACUUAAGGAAACAUCUUCAUUUGCAAAAGGUGUAUUCGGCUCUUCCAGAAGGAAACAGUAAGUGAAGCUGGUUUUGAUUUACUGUUGUUUUACAAACGGUGGAGGGUAGGUAGGGCUGUGCUGCCCCUCCUGCACCUACCCUACCAUCCCCGGGCUGUCUUCUCAGCGGGCAGUGUUCCGUGCUGAGCCGCACCACGCAUGCGACAGUCCUUUUUUAGGAGCCGCAGCAUACCGUGUCAAAUGUAUUCUCUCAUUAAGGCACGCAGGUGUUCAGAGUUUGAGUGGCGAGCCGAUCCGUUUUCAGCACCGUUUCCGAGGAAGCCCAGAAGAUGGCAGAGAAGCGGCGUCCCUCGCCGCGCUUCCCUUUCCUUUCAGUUUGCAGUAUUGCCAUCGCGCAGUUCCUGCUCUCGGAAGAAAUGUGCAAGGCCAGCAACAGCACUUAAGACCAUAUGGAGUAAAGCAAGAGGCGAUUUAUUUGCGCAUGCAAGGUUCCGAGACGGAAACUGUGUUCCACCUGUCUCCUGCUGGGCUGGGCAGCACCUUGAACUCGGGCGAAUGGGGUGCAAGCCCCGGCAGGCUUUUCUUUCCUCCUCUGCCCAAAAGCAAUUCCCAACGCAGCUCCUUGUCAGCAUUUUCUGGACGGGUUUCUCAGGAAAGUAGUAUCUACACUGUCACGGUUUUUUUUUUUCCCCAGUAACCUUUCACCUGGCCUUCGGCAGCCUGUAACUACAGCUGCAGGUGGGGGAGCAGCAUCCGAAGACAAGUUUUAGGGCAGCAGAUCCUCAGCGAGAGAAGGGAGACCGAUCCCGCGCGGCGCUGCCGGAGGAGGCGCGGCGGCAGGGAACCCCUGUGCGGCAGAGCCCCGGAGGAGCCACCGGGUGCAGCCCGGGCACGGGGGACGGCUCCUUCGUGCGUCACGAGGCACCAAAGAACUCGGCACGGGGUUACGAUUGUAACACACGGCGUUGUUUUCUCAUAACUUGUAUAACCCUUCCUUCCCUGAGGACAGGUCAUUUCACUCCACAAACGCGCGCUAACGCCGCCUCUCCCCGCGAGCACCGCGCUGAGCUUUUCCGGCACACCCACGCCCCACCGGCCCGGCGGCACGCAGCGCGCUGACCGUCCCGCCCCGCCGCCAAUAGCGGCUCUGCAUGCAAAUAUCGCCGUGCUGCAGGGCGAUGAUUGGCAGCGCCGCAUGCGUGGGCGCCGCCGGCGGAGCACGGCCGUGAGGGAGACGGCGGCCGGAAUGGUCGUGCUGCGCGGCCUGCGGCGGCGCUGGGAGGCCUACAAGUACCGCUUCGUGCCCUGGCUGGCCUUCAACGUCCGCCGCCAGCGCAGGACACUUCGGUACGUUCCUGAAGGCUCCCAGGACAAAAUCAUCUCCGACGAAGAUGUCUUUGAAACGCUGCUGAAAUUAUUUACAGCGCUGUUCGUAAAUGACUUCAGCAGGCAGGCGCCUGCCCUGGCCCUGCUCCCGGAGGUUGAGCAUAGGUACUCGCAGUUACGGAGCGCAGAGCUGGAGCAGGCGGCAGGGAGUUCGCGGAACCGGCAGAGCCAGCAGGUGCUUAGCCCGGACGAGGUCCUGUUCCGCACGCUGGGGUUCAGCGUCACUCGAGACCGGAGUUCCCUGCUUUCUGCUGGGACCGGAGUCUUUGUUAGCAAAGGCUUUGUGCCGAAAGGGACGGUUGUGUCCAUGUAUCCUGGUACAGUGUACAGAAAGCACGAGCCCAUCUUUUUCCAGUCGCUUUGCAAUCCAUUUAUUUUUAGGUGCAUAGAUGGUAUUCUUAUUGAUGGGAACGAUAAAGGACUGUCAAGAUCGGUGUACAGGUCUUGCAGCUGGAGGGAUCAGCUUGGCCCCUUUCAGAUGAGUGAUGUGAGCUGGCUCACGGCUGCUCCACAAAACCCACUGGCGGUGGGACAGUAUGUGAACAACUGCUCCUAUGAAAAAGCAGCCAAUGUAUGUUAUCAGGAGUUUGAUGUGCCAAGACAUUUUCCUGUAGAACUGAAACAGUAUCUUCCAAAUGUCGUCUACAGCCACGAGAUAGAGAGUCACCUGAGGUGUGUAGUGCUUGUCACUCUCAGAGACAUCAAGCGAGGAGAAGAACUUUUUUCUAAUUACUACACUAUUGUCAAUUGAAUUCAUAAAUUUGGAACUGUCAAUAAAAUACUGUUUGUGUACAUCAA